AUAAACCGUGUAAUAACGGUUCUUCCGAAAGAACUCGUUCUUGUACUAACCCAGCACCGAAAUAUGGUGGCAAAAAUUGCUCUUGUGAUGAAACUUCUGGAAGUAACAAUUAUGGAGACUGUUUUAAAGAAGUUGACUAUUGUAACGAAUUGACAUGUCCCCCUGUGUUGGUACGGGUUGAAACAGUUGUUCGCAAUGUUACAUCAUCCGAUUCUAAUUUUAAGAAAGAAUUUGCGUCAUAUAUCGUGGAAUCAUAUGGAAAUGUUACUCCUGUGGUCGGAUAUUAUAAUCUCACCCUUGAAGACAAUACAGCGUAUUUUGUCGUUACUGUUGGGUUUAACUUCUCAGAUGGAGAUCAGCUGCCAAUUCUUCGGGAUAUUUUGGAUCAUACACUUCACGGCUACUGGAAUAUUAGUUUAAUGUCCAUGAAGUCUGAUGUUGUGUAUUCAAACGAGCUGCAAAUAACAACCGAGUCUCUAACUUCAACCAGCAUCCGUGUUACCUGGACUUUGUCCGAAAAAACGGAGAUAGUAGAAGGAAUUAUGAUCUUUCAUAGAACGAUGGAUGGACAUGCGUCAUUUGUUCCUAGUUCACAACCUCCGUCGUAUCAGGGAAAUUUCACAAUAGAAAAUCUCAAAAAAUACACCAAUUACAAAAUAACAGUUUCUCCGGCUACAAAAAAUGGCACAGGAAUACCAAGUAAUUUUUCUACGUUGAGGACGUUAGAAGAUAAGCCUAGCAGAGCUCCAGAAAUACAAGUUCAUUCUCCAAAUACAUCAUCACUAAUUAUUUCGUGGAAUCGUGUUAACAGCGAGUAUUUGCACGGCAUACAUCGCGGUUAUUGUAUUUAUCAUAAUAAUGAAAUGAUACACAUAAAUAAUACUUCUGUACAAAUGAAAUUAUUGGAAGGUUUUAGACCUUACUCAAAACACACGAUUCAAAUAGCUGCUAAAACAUCUCCUGGUUGUGGAAUAUUUACUCCAAUGGAAACAUACUUCACCGCUGAAAGUAAACCAGAUGGGCCACCAAACAACGUCUCAGCCUGGAAUGAAAGCUCUACAAGCGUGAAAGUAAGCUGGCAGGAGGUUGACCCAAAACUCAGAAAUGGUAUUAUAAUUGGCUACAAUAUAACGUACAACUCUUCUCGUGGUCCUAGUGGAAAUAUAAUUCUUAAUUCAUCAAAAAUAUUUCAUCUUGUCAUUGAAAAUUUGUCUGAAUGGACAUGGUACACUGUCUCCGUCUCUGCCUAUAAUAAAAUUGAUCAUGGACCGUCGUUUUCAGUUGAUGUGAGAACCGACGAAGGAACUCCUCGCGAUCCUCCCGACGUUUUUGAGGCAAGAAACUCUAGUUCAUCAAGUAUCUAUCUGAGAUGGCUCCAUUCCAUUGUUACUUUUAUUCUGCUUUUAUCAAUUCUUGCCGGUAUGAUCAUUUGGAUAUUGGAGCGUUCUUCAAAUCCUUACAGUUUUCCAUUGUCAUUCGUGAAAGGAGUAAAGGAAGGAUUUUGGUGGGCUUUUAUUUCAGCCAGCACUGUCGGUUAUGGUGAUAGACGGCCAGUUACAAUACCUGGUAAGCUUUUUGCCAUAAUCUGGAUAUUAAUUGGUAACGUCAUUAUCACAUUACUCACCAGUUGGAUGGUCAAUUCGAUUACUUUGGUCCUUGUUGAACAGCGUUACUCUAUUUACGGUUCAAAGAUUGCAGUUGUAGAAAAUUCGACUGAGUACGGUCGUGCAGUGCGGAAAAUGGCCUGGUGGUAGGAUAUCCUAAUGUGGACAAAGUUAUUGAAGCAUUGAAGAAAGCUAAAGUAGACGGUGCAUUGCUGGAUAUGUAUGCUGCAGCGA